UUUCUUCUUUUUUUUGUACAUGUUUUUUUUUUCGUGAUAUCGUUUGAAUAUUCACAGGUAUGUGUUAAAUUGAAUGUUAUAUUUGAUAGGACAACCCCGAUUGUUUCCGAAGUCAAAUGACACAGAGAGAGAGAGAGAGAGAGAGAGGUUGGUCCCUGCUCGUGUUAACUCGCGUGUGAUUCCGCUACGGGUCACGUAGGUGUGCUUUGUUCUCUGGAAGAACCUCGUCGACCGACGAGCCAGUUCUCGUACGCAGGUUUUAUGUGAGAAUCUGGUGUUCUACAAGAGAGAGAGAGAGAGAGAGAGAGAGAGAGAGAGAGAGAAAGAGAGAAAGAGAGGACGAGUAGUUCGAUCGACCUCGAUUGGCACGUUUCUCUCUGAUCUGGGACGUUCUAAUAUCUCUUUCGAGAUUAGUUUAAGACGAAUUAGACAAAUCUGACAGUACCGAGGAAUUAUUCUCAUUCGACGAUAUUACCAAGAGGAUUUCUUUUUUUUCUAUUCCAAUUAUACUGAUCGAGAUAUCGAUAUUUGCAUGGGUGUGCACGAGACCAACAACAAGGGUCGUACCAAUGUCUCCAAGAAGAUGUCGAGGGAUCGAUCAGGCUCGGAUUAUUCGGAAAAUACUAGCGAUGUAACAACGUGUAGCUGUAUGGCAAGCUCCGUCGAGAAAUGUUCCUUGCGUGGUUGUGGUGGUGGUGGUGGUGGUGGUGUUGGCCUCGGCGGCGUUGGCGUUGGCGUUGGCGGUAUGUUUCAAGAACCUUUUUUUCUUCAUCCACCUGGAUCAAGACCAAGAGAUGGAAUUUAUAUAAAUCCAAUGAGCGCAUAUAUUAACGAGCCACAGAAACCAAAGGACAUGGAAUCCUUUUAUUUGCACAGUCCUCAUGAUCUCGUAUAUACCAGGAUUACGCAUCUGUUCAACGACGUUGAGAAACCACGGAACGGUGUCUUGGUAUCCACCACCGAACAACGUCACGUUGAGAGGAAAGACGAGACUUUAACUGUGAAAGUGGACGUUCACAUAAACAACGGUGGUAGCUUCGGUAAAACUCAUCCAGGGAACGGUCAUACAGGUAGGACAGAAAUCACGCGAGAAACCCCAUCGGAACAUGCAUACGAACAAAUAUGUUUGAGGCAAGAAGAAACAAGUAGCGUUGGAUCGUCAGGAAAUAAAAAAAUCAUCGACAAUGCUUCGGAUAGUAGCCGAUCAAGAAAAACCAAUCGACGAUACAGUAGAUCGAGUAGUGCCAGUGAAUCUUCGAAUAUGAGCAGUGAAAUACAUUGUUUUUCAUCAACUACGUCAACACCGUCAUUGUCUCGUAACAGUAGCAACGAACGAAUCAAUAAAUCAACCAAAAUCAACGCCGACAUUUUGCAUGAAAGGAAAGAGUCGUCUACGAACCAAGUGGAAAGUGAAAAGGAGAUAAGGCCAAGCAAUAAUAGUGGACCCAGUUUCACCAAACCUCCACCCCCGCCACCUCCCCCACCGCCAGACAGAGAGGACGUCGUAGUAUUAGUUGUGAAUUCUAAACAAAAUGGUGAAAGCAAUAACGAGAAGAAGGAUGGUAAUGACAAUGGCGAGGAAAACAAAACUGGAAACGCGACCAACAAGAGCGACGUAUCCUGCGGCGAGCAUCAACAGCCGGAAGUUCCUCCUGCCAGUCCACCCGCGGACGUCGAAGAAAUUAAGACGAUUCAGACGUCUCACUUGAUAAACAGACAUAUGGUGCUACCGUUCAUACCACCAAAGUUUGCCAACGCGGCCGAUUCGGAUACACUUUUGAAACCAUCGGAAUAUCUUAAAAGUAUUUGUAAAAACGUUUCGAAGAAUACCCUUUCUAAAGCAAGAUCUGUCGACAAUUUAGAUUGUCAGGGAAGGGAUACCGAGGAAGAGGAAGAACAACAACACCAACAACACCAACAACAACAACAACAACAGGAACAAAAGAACGAAAAAGAAAAAGAAUCUCCACCAGGACCACCACCACCUCCGUUAUCCCCAUUACAAAAAUCUCGCGGCAUUCCAAAUUGUAAUAAUACCAACGCAACAACACCUAGUCCAUCAAACGAAUCUGAGAAUUCGAAAUCACCUCAGCAACCAUUAGCGACCAUUAGUAUUCAAGAUCUCACGAGUAUUCAAUUGAGAAGAACUAAUACAAAAAUGAAUGCAACUAAAACGUUCUCCGCUCCGCCACCUCGUAGCGCCUCGAUGACAAAUGUCUCGGAACCGUUCUUCGUUCAGAAAACAGACUUGAUAGCUGAAUUAAAGAGAACAAAGGAUAUACCGGGCAUAAAAAAACUCAAAGUGGAACGAGCACAGGUUGAAAAGACUCAAGAACAAAAUUUAAUAUCCGAAAUUAGCAAGGCUUUUAGCGUGUCCAACUUUGUUGACCAAAUCCCAGAAAAGGACAGUUCGGGGAAUGUGAUACCAAUAUGGAAGAGGCAGAUGUUGGCGAGGAAGGCUGCUGAAAGAGCUAAAAAGGAAUUAGAAGAGCAAAUAGCUAGAGAAAACGAAGAAAGGAGACAGAAAGCGAUACCACCGUGGAAGAGACAGUUGUUGGCGAAAAAAGACAACGAAGAUAAAAAGAUUAACAACAAUCACGUCCAAUCAAACGCAACGAUCGUACCAGCCGUAAAAAUAGAAAUUGCACCUAAGAGGGACUCUUCGCCAGCCACCAUCGGUUGCAACAACCGAAAGGAGGAAAAAAACGAUAAUAACACGGAUGAAAAAGGAAACGACACUAGGGAUGAUGAUUCCGAUGAUGGACAAAUAAUACCGUGGCGAGCUCAAUUGAGAAAAACGAACAGUAAACUGAAUAUUCUCGAUUAGCCCUAUUGUUCAACGAAAUAUUUAAACAAACGGGAUUACGCAAACAUGAUUCAUUUUAUUUAAUUACGAAUUAAUUGUUUUGCGAUUUCCUAAUGUUUUUUUUUUUUUCGUUUAUUUAUGUUAAGGAUUACGUAUAAUUUGUGGUCGUUCGAUAAGGAUAAGGAUAAUUUCCUUCACCGACGUCCUUUCUUUAUCAGGGGUGCUCUCGAAUCUUGCAAGAUCGACGCAGAGUGAUAAUCUUUUAAUGAUAUUUGUUAAUUGUUAUAAACCGAAUGAUGAAAGUUCGUAUGAUUGAAGUAUGAUUAUUAAAUAUUGAAACAGAGUGAAAAUAUCUGUUUCGUUGUUGAAACGUAUUUUUAAAAUACAACGAAUGAAUGAUCGAAUGAUUGCGUGUUUUAUCAAAUCGACUAGUUCAAUAGGAAGGUAUUUUGUAUUUACAUAGGGAACUUUUCUUCAACAAGGUGCGCGAUAAUGUCUAUGUAUAUAAAAAAUAAGUCAAACUUGUCUACCUUAUAUAUAUAUAUAUAUAGAUAUAGAUAUAUAUAUUUCGAUCAAAAAUACUAUUAUACUUUAUUCAAAUUGAAUUCAUGUGACCUAUUUCCAGGACUACUUCAAAGAAGGAGAAUUUUUCUUUUCAGACACAAUGAUUUUAGUAUCUCAUUAUGUACAUUAUUUUAUCAAACAUUAUCGAUUGAAUUUCAAAAAUAUAAUUCAAUUAUUUUCACCUUAUUCGUCGUAUACGAAAUUUGGUACAUUUUAGAAAACGCAAACAUAAACAGUAGUAGAUUGAGUAGUAUACAUAUUUAUGAGGUUUUACAAAA